AUGCAAAAUUUCUUGUUGACUCAAUUCAUGAGUCAGGAUUUAACAGAUUCUUAUGCCUAAUUUUCUUAAUACUUCUCUGAAGAUGUUAUCAACAAUGUCCUCAUUGAUGAAUCUGACAAAAUUAAAGAUUUGACUGAUCGUCUAAAAGACUCAUUGAAGACCAAAACCAAUAAUACAAUUCUGCUCUAUGGCUAAGAAGGCUUUGGUCGAAAAUCUGCAAUCAGAAAGGCUAUAGAUAAUUGCGAAUAAGAUUUGCAGAUGAAAUCUAAAAAAAUCAUAAAAAUAUUUGUCAAUGCCUAUCUUCAUAAAUCUGAGGGCAACAUUCUAUCUGCAAUCAACAAUCAAUUAUUAUAGACAGCACAAAUCAAAUCCAAAAUUAACAAGCUCUCUGUUGAUGAAUUGAUGAAACAUUUCAAACAAUAUGAAAAUGCUUUUCAUGGUAUUGUGCUUGUAAUUGAAAGAGUGGAAAUCUUAGCAACUGUCAAAAAACAAUUCUUCUUAUAUUCAAUACUUGAAUGGAUAAGAGAAUCCAAGUAUCCAAUCAUCUUUGUAGGAAUCACUUCAGAUUUAUUAUUUUAAGAAAAACUAGAAAAAAGAGUUAAAAGUAGAUUUCAAAAUAUUCCCUAUUUCUUUAUGGAUCUUGAUUUCUAAUUUGUGCAAAAGGUUCUAUUAACUAGACUAGAAUAAAUAGAUAGGAAUCAAGUCAUCAACACAUACGAAAAUUACAUUUUAUCAAAAUCCUUUGAAGAAUACUUUGCCAAAUUGCAAUCCCUUUAAGUGUCAAUCAGUAAACUGAUCUAUUUGUUUCGAUCUUCCUUUUUUUUGGCCGGAUCACGUUUCAAUAGGCCUGAUAAAAAAUAGGUUGAUUCCAUUAAAUUUGAGAGGAAUGUUUCAGCAGAACCAAUCAGUCUCUAAGAGUUGAUGGAAUAAAGCUUGAAAUGGAUAUAUCCAAAUGUUAAAUUGGAAAAUGGAAAACUUCUCUCUUAACCAGAGUAUGUGAUCUUAUUUUCCUUCUAUAAUUUGAUCAUGCAUCAAAAGCCACAAAUCAUGUUUGAUGACAUUAUCUAGCAUUCCAAAAAGGCCAUGUAAACAUACAAAUUACAACAUCAUAAAACAGCCAGUGAAUUUACACCUUUAGUGUUGAAUAAAGCUUUAGAUAAUUUAAUUAAAUAGAAAUUCAUUUCCCUUCAAUAAUAAAGUAAGAAUUUAGAAAAUAAUCAAAUUAUCCUAUGUAUGUCCAUAGAUGAUUUGAAAAACUUAUUUGAAAAUAUUAGAUACGAUUUACCCGAUUUUAUGAGUUAUUUAUAUAAUUUUAAUUUUUGA